AUGGAGAUCGAGUCGCAGGUCGCGAGGGGGCUGAAGAUGGUGUCGCAGGGCGCGAGGCGGCGGCUGCUCUCCGAGGAGCGGGAGCGCAUCCAGCGGCGGGCGACGUGUGACCCGGCCAUGCCGGCGCCGCUGCGCUGGUUCAUCGAGGCCAUCUUCCGGGUCAUCAGCGAGGACAUUGUCCGCUCCAUCGAGCUCGACAUCGACGGCGACCACGCCGCGGACGAUGCCGCCAAUGGCGGCCGGGGCGAGGAGGAGGCGGCCGCGGUCGCGCGCGGCACGCUGCAGGUGCUCGCGGUGGAGGCCCGCAGCUUGGCGCCCGCGCACGGCAUCGGCACCAACCCGUACGUCGUCGGGCUCCUCGGCCAGGAGGUGCGCAGGAGCUGGACGGCCUGGAGCAACCUCAACCCCGACUGGAACUUCCUCAUGGAGUUUCCCGUCGUGUCGCUGAGCGGCUCGCUCGAGCUGGAGGUGCUCAGCCGCUCGCCGCUCUUCGGGAGCGACACGCGCCUGGGCUACGUCUCGCUGCCCGUCAGGGACAUUACCUCCGGCGGACAGAAGGGCGCCUGCUUGGCCUACCGCCGCGAGCAGCUCCAGGGCGCCACGCAGGGCGAGAUCGUGCUGAUCCUGGACUACAAAGCCCCACGACCGCGACCCGGGCCAGGGGCCCACGGGGCUGGCCCGCCGGGCCUCUUGUCGCUUGUGGCGGGCCGCUGCCCGCUUCCGCGCCUUCUUCCUCUACCACUACUGGCCGUGCGACAAGACCGUGUUCCAGAUGUACCUCAAGGAGCCCAUGGACAUCCUGCUCCUGCUCGUGUCGCUGAGCCCGUUCGUGGCCGUGCGCGCCGCCUUCUACACCGUGCUGCUGCUGUGCCUGUGCGUUCCUUGGCCGGCUGA